AUGGAUAAUAUACUUCAGGUCGAGGAUAUAGUAAAGAAUAUAGUGGCUAACCUAAAUGCGAAAGAUUAUAUUAAUUUUAAAUGUACAAGCAAGAAGGUAUACAACACGUGGAUUAGUAAAGAAACUGACUACAUCUAUUUCUCAAAUAAACUGAAACAAAUUGGUCUUGAUGAGGAAUCUAUUGAAGAACCAUCAGAAAACAAAUUAAUUGAUGACGUAGCAUAUACUGAUAUUACUGUGAUCAAUGCUUUUGAAAAAAUCAAGAUAUUCAACAAACAAAACUAUUUAACAAUCUACAAAGUUCUUUAUCAAACAUUCAAUGAUUAUUGUGAAAACCUCUAUACAAAUAAACUUGCAAAUUUUUUCCCAGUACAAUAUGAAAGUGAUCCACUUCAACAGAGUCAAAUUCUACAAAACAUUAUUCGUUUUAAUGUCUCCAAUAAUAAUGAUUUUGAAUAUUUUACUAAAGUUGUGACAAAUUUUAACAUAUUGAAAGAAAUAUUCAUCAAUUCGUGUUUAAAUGAAAUGGAAAUAAAUUACAAUGAAACAGAAUAUGCAAUUGUUGGGAAAUUUACCAAAGUUCUUUUAACUUUUGGUGAACAAAAUAUGGUGAUCGAUUUUUUUAAUUCUAAAAUCGAAUACCCAUCACCACCUUCUCUACCUACGCCAAACGUAGAGACAACAAGUAAAACUACUGAUACUAAAACUAAUAGUUUUUCCGAUGAAGAGUUGAUCGAGAUAUCAAAACCUUUGAAAGAGUUUGUGAAAAAAAAUAUAAAUGUAAUCGAUUUAUUGUUUGAGGAAAAUUAUCCGAUGUUCACCAAUUUUUUUGAAACAUUUAUACAACAAUCGUUAAUACCUUUUACCAAUGAAAUAUUAAAGGAUAAUGGAAACGAAGAUACAUUUAUUAAUGAAUUCCCUUUAAUAUAUUCUCAUAUUAUUGAAGAAUUCUGUACAAAUUUGAGUUAUUCUAUAAACGGUAGCAUGAAUGAAGAUAAUUUAAACAAAGAACAACGAGAUAAAUUGUUCCAUGAAAGAGUAUAUGAUUUAUUGAACGUUUACUUACAACCCAAUAUUUUAAAAUAUUUAGACCAAUCAAGUAUUCAAUUUGAAAAAAACAUUCUUAAACAAUUCAAUAAUUUUCAAAUCGAACAAAAAGAAAAAUCUGAAAAUGAGAUAUUAAAUUUAACAGCUGAAAAUUCAACUAUAGAUUUGAACGAAAACCAAAAUAAGAAUGGUGAUAAAUAUAAUUUCUUGGAUUCAUUUACGAAAGUUUUUGGGAUUAGCAGUAAGACAUCAAAGGCUGAACAAAUGAAUGAUAAUUUAACGAGUCUAAUGAAUAACAGUUUACGUAAUAUUAAAAACCUGAUAAAUUUAGAAUUAUGCCUGACUAUUGUUAGACAAACUCAAACAAGGAUUGAUAUUUUUUUACAAUUCAAAGCCUCAAAGAACCUUACUUCAAUAAUUAACGAAAAAUGUGAAAAUAUCUUUAGAAUAUUAAUAAAAUGUUUAAAUGAAAACCAUAUUCAACCCGCAUAUGAAAAAGCUAUUUCUUUAUUACAAAGUUAUGACAUUAACGAUUUACCCAUUAAUGAUAUAUCCAAACCUUUAGACAGUAAAAAAAAUGCUACCCAAUCUGUUGAACCAUUAGUUAAUUUUGCAGAACUUAUCAAUACUAGUGAUAUUAUUUUACAAAUGAUUUCAAUUUUCUACAGGAGUGAAAUGGUUACAAAAAAAAUCAUAGACCCAACAAAAGAAGCUAAGAAAAAUAUAUUUGAAAGUGGAUUAUUACAAACUAAGAAAAAUUUUGAAUCCACAGUAGAUAAUUUCGUUGCUGAUGGAUUAAAUAUUGGUAUCAAUAAAUUAGUUGAUCAAAUCAAUCAUACAUUCAAGACUGUACAACUUCCUACAGAUUAUUAUCCACCAACGCAUAAAAAUACAGUAGAGAUUAAACCUACAGAAUGUUGUAGAAAGACAGUUACUUUAUUGGAUAAUCAUUGUUUUUUAUUAAAUGGUGCCACAGAUAAAGGUACCAUUGAUGUAUAUCAACAAGAAAUUGGUAAAAGAUUUUUCAAUAUUUUAGUAGAACAUUUAAAGACCCAAAUCAUUUCUACUGAGGGGGCAAUAAUACUUAUUUGUGAUAUGAAUCUAUAUUUUGAUUUUUUUAAUCAAAAAUUAAAACAAAAAUCAAUUAUCCCAUAUUUUCAAGCAUUGAAAAAUGUAAGUAAUCUAUUUUUAAUAGACGGUAAAGAUUCCAAGGAACUGGGUAAGCUUAUUGGAGAUUUAAAUAAAUUCCAAGGUAUAUUUUCACAAGAAGAAAUAUAUGAAUUUGUACAAAGGAGACAAGAUUGGUUGUCCGUUAAGAGAGACGUCGAAAAGGUUAUGUACGGCCUCGGUCUCAAGGAUUGUGUACUCAUGUAA